AUGGGUAAAAGAACUCACAUUGAGGAUUAUGAAGAACAAGUUGAAGAUGCACUGAAACACACACAUGUCAAAGAGUUCACUUUUUGUGAAAAGGCAAAGGAAAGAGUAAGAAGUCGGGCGGAUUAUCAGGCAUUCCUAAAAUGUCUUUAUAUUUAUAGCAAAGAAAUAAUUACAAGAGAGCAGUUACAAAGAUUGGUUGCUAAUACACUUGCAAAAUAUCCUGAGCUUAUGGAGGGUUUCAAUGAAUUUAUAGAGCGUUAUGAACGAGUUGUUGGAUUUCUUGCAAAGUGGGAUGAAGAGCAAGACAAAGAUCAAGAUGAGGCUUCUCCACAGAGAAUUAAUCUUGAACAAGUUGUCACCUUUGUGAAGAAAGUAAAGGAGCGUUUUCAAAAUGACGAACAUGUGUACAAAUCCUUCUUAGACAUUUUGAAGAUGUAUAAAGAGGAGCACAACAAGAACAUCAAUGAUGUCUAUCAUAAGGUGAUAAGUCAUUUUUAAUUUGGAUACACAAAUAUUAUUAGAUGGUCUUGAUGUUUUAAUUUGUGACUAUCUUUUUCUUUUAUGUGUAGGUUGCCAUAUGUCUCAAUGAUCAUCCAGAUUUACUUGAAGAUUUCACAAAAUAUCUGCCAGAGUCUUCAUUCCCAAUGCUUAAGCUUUAUCUCCAUGAAUUAACCAUCUUCUUUAGUUCGUUAUAAUAAUGCUACUGUCAUGACUAAAGCUUUGUAUCAUUCUUGAAGAACUAUUAGGGAUAUUGGUUGGUUGUUUGGGGUUCUUUGUCCUAUUUUUAAUGAGUAGAGAUUUUAGUUUUUAUUAG